AUAAUUACAAACAGAGAAAUAAGCCGUUUCGCAAUCUUGCUUGAUGAAUUUAAUGCUUUCAUAGAAAUGUGCCUUUGCGUGGCUCACGUUGGUUCACGUGUAUUGUUAUUUCAUUUUGGCUAAACUACCGAUAACCUAAAUGCUGGCAUUUUUAUAUUUUUGCAUUGACAUCAAUCAAUAUUCGAUUAACGAUUUUGACACAACAUUUUGCAAAACCUAUUCCUAGGAUUAUCUGAAGACGUAGCAAGUAUAUACAUCGAAGCUGCAACACGAUGACAAACACGGGAGGUAAAGUAGUCGCCAAUUUGCGACAAAAGUUUGUGUUGUCUCAGAAAGCAAUACGUUGGUUCCCCGGACAUAUGACAAAGGGUUUGAAGCAAAUGCAGCAACGAUUAAAAAAUGUCGAUUGCAUCCUAGAGGUUCACGACGCACGGGUACCAAUUUCCGGACGUUAUGCGGAUUUUAGUAGGACUUUGACAGGCUUGAAACCGCAUAUACUUGUAUUGAGCAAAAAGGACCUAGCAGAUACAAAAUAUUCAGAAAGUAUUGUCUCUACAUUGAAUAGAGAGGGCCUAUCCAAUAUAAUAUUUACAAAUCUGAAGGAUGAGAAAUGCAGGAACAUGAAGAAAAUCUUACCCUUAGCCAAGAAGUUAAUAUCUAAUUCAGCGCGUUACAAUAGAGCGGAGGAAGAGUCUUAUUCCAUAAUGGUUAUUGGUGUUCCCAAUGUUGGAAAGUCCUCUCUAAUUAAUCGUUUAAGAAGCCAUCACCUUAACAUGGCCAAAGCUACUCAUGUCGGCGCAGAAGCUGGCAUUACACGAUCUGUAUUGACUCGCAUAAAGAUAUCGGAAGACCCAACAGUAUAUCUGUUUGAUACACCUGGUAUUUUAGCUCCUUCUAUUAAUGAUAUCCAUGCUGGUUUCAAACUGUCUUUAGUAGGAUGUUUGCAAGACCAUGUGGUAGGAACAGAAAUGCUUGCAGAUUAUUUACUGUUUUGGCUAAAUAAGAAUGGCCGAUUUGAAUACGUAGAAAAGCUGGGUUUGUCAGCACCAAAUGAUGAUAUAAUAUAUGUGCUUACAUAUAUUGCUGCAAAGUUUAAAAAAACUAUGAUAAUGAAAACCUUUGAUAGACGAAUACUUACACCAAAUUUACAAUUUGCAGCAGAUUAUUUUAUUAGCUUAUUUAGAACAGGAAAAUUAGGAUCUUAUUGUUUAGAUAUAGAUUUAAUAGAAACGUCACAAGAUUGCGAUAUUAGAUUAGCCUAAUGAUGAUAAUGAUAAUUAUAUAUAAGUAUAUAUUAUAU